GGCUUUGGCUCUGCUCUUCUUCCGCUGUUUGGCAGAGAGACAAUCACAGCAGCAACAGAGAUAAGAAGUCAUUCCGGCCACCCGGGGAAAUUUCGGGAGCUCCUGAACGAUGGAUAUCUACGAAUGGAGACGGGUUGGCAUUACUCGCUGAGUAAUUAAUUUUCCUGAAUAUUUCGAAGUUUUGUGCCGCGUGUGGCGUCAAUAUUGUGGCCUGCUGAAGCCUGUGAGGGAAGAUGUGGUCUUUCUUCUCAAGGGAUCCUUCAAAAGACUUCAACUAUGAGAUUGGAGAACCCGUCCCAGGACUUGGGGAUAAGAGUAUUUGGAAGUUACAUAGAGCCAAGAAAAAGGGGGCUGAAGAGGAAGUUUCUGUGUUUAUGUUUGAUAUUAAAAAUGGCAGUGAAACACAGCUUGAUGUAGCUCGUUCAUCAGUAAAGCGAUUGAAAACCCUCCGUCAUCCUAGCGUAUUGACAUAUUUGGAUAGCCUAGAGACCGACAAAAUGAUUUUUAUGGCGACUGAAUUUGUGAUCCCUCUUCAAACACGACUGGAUAAGCUUUUAGAAACAGAUGAAAAGGACAGGCAACUUGCUUAUCAGCAAAGAGAUCUCUACCUUGCAUGGGGAAUAUUUCAAAUAACUCGAGCUUUAAGCUUUCUUAACAAUGAUGGAAACUUACGCCAUAAUAAUGUGUGUAUGUGGUCAGUGUUUGUGAAUGCUGCUGGGGAGUGGAAGCUGGGUGGAGUGGAAUAUGUGGCUGGAACCACAGAUGGAAUUGGCCUACCUAUCAAAAUACUGCCAGCUCUAGAUAAGUAUGACCCCCCUGAGAAAGCCGAUCCUGGUCGACAAAGACUGAUAACAAAAUGCUCAACAGACAUGUGGGGCUUAGGUUGCCUUAUUUGGGAAGUUUUUAAUGGCCCACUCCCUGUUCAGUCUAGCCUCCAGCAAUUAGAAAAGGUUCCUCAGCAACUUAGUGGAGUUUAUUGUGAGUUAGUUGGAGCUAAUCCAGGAUCUCGACCCAAUCCUGCUGAUGUGAUAACCCGAUGCCGUAAAACAAAUGGGUAUUUCAAGAAUGACCUGGUUGACACACUUUUGUUCCUAGAAGAAAUUCAAAUCAAAGACAAAAGUGAGAAGAGCAAAUUUUUUGGUUCCUUAACUCCAUUGUUGGACAACUUCCCAAAGGAUGUUUGUGUGAAUAAAAUUCUGCCACAACUGAUUAAUGCCUUUGUCUAUGGAGAUGCUGGAUCAUCAAUUCUGGCUCCAAUGUUCAAGCUUGGAUCUCUUCUUGAAGAAGCUGAGUACCAAAAACAAAUUGUCCCUUGCGUUGUAAAGCUUUUUGCUUCUAAUGACAGAGCCACAAGAGUAAGGCUGCUCCAGCAAUUAGAACUCUUCAUUGGUCAUUUGCAGUCAGCAACAGUGAAUGAUCAGAUAUUUCCUCAAAUCGCCCAUGGGUUCAUGGAUACCAAUCCAACUAUAAGGGAACAAACAGUCAAGUCAAUAAUUCACCUUGCACCAAAGCUAAAUUAUAAUAAUCUAAAUGUGGAAGUACUGCGUCACUUUGCUCGUUUACAAGCUAGAGAUGAUCAAGCUGGAAUCCGGACAAACACAACUGUGUGUUUGGGAAAAAUUGCACAGCAUCUUCACCCUCAAAUUAGACAGCGUGUUCUUGUUUCUGCUUUCAUCCGAGCUAUGAGAGAUACUUUUCCACCCACAAGACAAGCAGGAGUCCUAGCUUUGGCUGCAACGCAGCAAUACUUUUUAUUAUCAGAAGUAGCAAACCGCAUAUUACCUGCGUUGUGUCCGCUUUCACUGGAUCCAGACAAGUCUGUUCGAGAGGCCCUUUUCAGAACUCUGAAGGGAUUUCUCGGGAAGCUAGAAAAGGUGUCCGAAGAUCCUACUUUGCGAGAAUCUAUGGAGGCUGACGUACACACAGCUACACCUAGUUUAUCUAAUGCAGCUGCUACCUGGGCAGGAUGGGCAGUUACAGCUGUGACUGCCAAAUUCUACCGAAGUCAGUCUGACACCGUUAAAUCUUCAGUUGUCUCUCAGCAUAGCAGAAUGCUCAGCAAGCCGGGGUCCUUAGAACAACCCUCAAGCAGCAGCAUAUCAACAACCACCUCAAGUGUAACCAGUAUGACAUCCUUGGAGCAAGAGCAGGAGUUCAGUAAUCGGUCAGUCUCAGACUAUGAUGAGACAUGGGACACUGAAAAUUGGGGAGAUAUGGAUACCUUAGCUGCUCAGAGCUCUACAGAACACCCUCGUAGUCCUGGACCUGGAACACCUGGUGCCUCGGGGACCAGUUUGAGCACACGGUCUAAUGAUGGCUGGGACACAGAGGAGUGGGGCAGCUUGGACGAAACUCCUGAGCUGAAUAGCCCAGAGGCUGUAGAAGGCUGGGGAGCCCCUGACUUCCCUGGGUCAGAUGAGAUGCCUCGCUCUGCAAGCAUGUACAGUACUUGGGCUGAGACCAACAAGGACAAAGAUGACCUCUCCAUCGAAUCUAAUAAAGGCCAUGCUGAUGCUCGUAGCCCAGGGAGUCGCAGCGGUGGCAGCACAGGGGCGGGCACUGGCGGAAGCGGCAGUGGUGGGGGCGGCUGGGAGGACACCGAGUGGGAGCCGAUGGAGGCUGGAGCGACUGCCGCUGCAGGGCGCCACGAUGAGGCUCGCAGGAGGAGAGAGGAAAAGAAACUGCAGAGACAAAAGGAGCUGGAACUACGUCGAGCUAGUCGCACCUCUACUGGGCCAAUGAAGUUGGGAGCAAAAAAGGUGUGAUCACAGUGUCCCUGAUAAGUACUUAUUUUAUUGGAAAAAACAAACAAACAAACCAAAACAUGAUUAUUUAUAGAAGCAUGGUACAUCAAAUAUUGGUGGUCCCUAGAUCAGUACUGUAAAGUAUACCUUUGGCUCUAUCAUAACUUUAACACCUUAAAAACUAAUGUAGGUUGGUAGAUUUCUCAAUAAUUGACCAACUGAACAAAAUAUGAUUGAUUUGAUUGUCUUUAGGAUCCCGUACUAUUUUAACAGUAGCUGUCUAUCUUUCCCUCCUUCUGCCUCCUAUUGUUUUGAAACCUUUUUUUGUCUCUGUGUGCUAGAAGGGGUGAGGUAUGUUGUUUUCUAAUGAAUUUUUCAGUAAGAUAAUGGUUCCUAUAAAUUAUCUCUGAAGAAUAAAUAAUUGUUACCAUUUGUGCAUUGUUGAGGACAGUGAAUUGGCGCCUAGUCUUGUCUUGCCUUAGUGAUUCUUACUUUUCCAUCAAUAGUUUAUAUUGUGUAAUCUCUGGUAAAGUUAUUCAAUUUAUAAGUAUCAAACCAUGAACGGUAAUAUGUACUUUUUAAACAUCGUGCCUUUCUACUCAAUCUUUCCUUCCCAUCUGUAAUUCUUUCGGGGCAAAGCUGAGUUCAUAUUGCGUUUUGUGAGGCGUGUAGUACUUCGGUCAAAAUGAGAUAAAUCUUAAUUAAAAUUAACUAUGUUAAUGUGGAAGUAAGAUCAUCAGGAGUGCAAUAUUUAUUUUGUAUUCUCAAGGUAUAAGUUCAUACAACAUCUGUUCACAAAAUGUGCCACUUUUUCACUCUGAAUCACACUUGCAAUAUCAUUCCAACUGCUUCUCAAACAUUUUUUUGCUUUUUAGUUUGAUGUGACAGGUUUUUCUCUUUUCUGUCUUAUUGCAGAACAGUUUUUCUGCAUAGUUUUCCUCAAAAUUUAGGGAGGAAGUGCCUAAUUGUGUAAGUGGUGUUUCUUUACAAGACUUAACCUUUGCUUUAUAUAUUUAUUCUCAAAUUAACUGAGAAAUGAUAUUCUGUGUUUAAAGGUUUUUGAUGUUGAUCAUUUUAUAUCUUUCUAUGAGACUGUGUCCGGUUUGCAUAGUCAUUAGUUUUACUGUUGUGUAUAGAUAUACUUUUAUACGUUUUGUACAUAAUACCAGAAUUUCAAUUUUUGUGCUGAUAUCAAAUUUGAUUUGUCUAUCAAACUUUAAACUAUCAAAUCAUGUCUUUUGAAAUGAAUCAAUUCAAUGCUUUUUUUUUUUUUGGUGUGUGUGUUGGUGUACAUAUAAGCAUGUACAUUGAUAAACUGGUUUCUGAUAUGGCUGUGAGUCCUUGUUAUUGAGUUUCACUCUGAAUUUGAUAUUAUAGUGGCCAACUUUGCGCAAUAUGUGUCAAUAAUUGUGCAUUGCUGUUCUUUGAGACUAAGGUCAAAUAAUUUUAAAUCCUUAAGGUGCGCAAGUGACUCCAGUAACACCUUUCUGCGCUAAGCUUGCAACACUGUUCUCUACACUAUGGGUCACCAUAAUUGUAUAACUACCCCCAUUGGAACAAGUUUCAAGAAAUUCCCCCCAAUAAUAUGUAGUUGUCAUGGUGUGCUGGUUGGCAAAAUAUGAAUGUGGUGUUAAUGGAUUAACGUGGAAAGGUCAAUUGUGAUGUUUUGUGUGUAUCACCCUGAAGCAAGCUUCCUUAUGCCUUUAGAUUAGAGAGUUGUUGUUCUAGUGUAUAUGAUUAAUUUGCCAUACAUGAUUAUUAGGGAUAGCAGUUUACCUGUUUGAUUCAGUUCUUAUUUUUCAGUAGAAUUAUUUUCAUCUCUCCUCAUCUUUGUCUGUUAAACUACUGCUUGCCUUUGCUUCUUUGUGUCAAACAUAAUAGAAAAUAUCUGUAGUUUUGAAUGUCUGUAGUGUUGUCUUUAGGAGUGUGGUGUAGGCACAAACUUGUAAUUGACUGGUUGUUGGCAACACAAUUUUGUCGGAGCGUUUGAGCCGCUACGUAACUUAAGUGAUCAAUAAAGACAUGGCCACAUGUUCA